CCAGAUAAGCUGCUCCGGGAAACAAAGAACUCGGGCUCUCCGGACAGCAGCGCUUGAACCCAGCGCUCUGCUCUGCCAGCGGCUCCUCGUUCCGGGGACCAGGGCUCCCCGGCUCUGCAUCCCUCCCCAGCCUCCCCCGCCUCCCGCGCUCGCUCGCUCGCUCGCUCGCUCCCUCCCCGCUCGCUUCCUCCCCCACCAUCGCAGCGCUGGGAGGAAGGCGGCUGGGGCUCAAGAUGGCUUUAGCCCGGCUCUGCGCCCUGCUCGCCUGCUGCUGGGGGCCGGCGGCGGUGCUGGCCACAGCCGCCGGCGACGUGGAUCCAUCCAAGGAGCUGGAGUGCAAGCUCAAAAGCAUCACGGUGUCGGCGCUGCCCUUCCUGCGCGAGAACGACCUGAGCAUCAUGCACAGCCCCUCGGCCUCCGAACCCAAGCUCCUCUUCUCGGUGCGCAACGACUUCCCGGGAGAAAUGGUCGUGGUGGACGACCUGGAGAACACCGAGCUGCCCUACUUCGUGCUGGAGAUCUCAGGGAACACGGAGGACAUCCCCCUCGUACGCUGGAGGCAGCAGUGGCUGGAGAAUGGCACUUUGCUCUUUCACAUCCAUCACCAAGAUGGUGCCCCGAGUCUUCCUGGGCAGGACCCGACGGAAGAGCCCCAGCAUGAAUCAGCCGAAGAGGAGCUGAGGAUCCUGCACAUCUCAGUCAUGGGAGGCAUGAUCGCUCUGCUGCUGUCCAUCUUGUGUCUGGUGAUGAUCCUGUACACCCGGAGGCGCUGGUGCAAACGCCGCCGGGUCCCCCAGCCGCAGAAGAGUGCCAGCGCGGAGGCGGCCAACGAGAUCCACUACAUCCCCUCGGUGCUGAUCGGGGGCCACGGGCGGGAGAGUUUGCGCAAUGCCCGCGUGCAGGGCCACAACUCCAGCGGCACGCUGAGCAUCCGGGAGACACCCAUCCUGGAUGGCUAUGAGUACGACAUCACAGACCUGCGCCACCACCUGCAGAGGGAGUGCAUGAACGGAGGGGAGGACUUCGCCAGCCAGGUCACACGCACCCUGGACUCCCUGCAGGGCUGCAAUGAGAAGACAGGGAUGGACCUCACACCAGGAAGUGACAAUGCCAAGCUGUCGCUGAUGAACAAGUACAAAGAUAACAUCAUUGCCACGAGCCCCGUGGACUCCAACCACCAGCAGGCCACCCUGCUCUCUCACACGUCCAGUAGCCAGAGAAAGCGGAUCAACAGCAAAGCAAGAGCCGGUUCCGCCUUCUUGAACCCUGAAGGGGAUUCUGGCACAGAGGCAGAAAACGACCCUCAGCUGACCUUUUACACGGAUCCCUCUCGCAGCCGGAGGCGCAGUCGAGUGGGUUCUCCCCGGAGUCCUGUGAACAAGACCACCUUGACCCUGAUCAGUAUCACCAGCUGUGUCAUCAGCCUSGUGUGCUCCUCUCACGUCAGCUGCCCUCUCGUUGUCAAAAUCACGCUGCAUGUUCCCGAGCACCUGAUUGCUGAUGGGAGCCGCUUCAUCCUGCUGGAGGGCAGCCAGCUGGAUGCCAGUGAUUGGUUGAACCCUGCCCAAGUGGUGCUCUUCUCUCAGCAGAACUCCAGUGGGCCCUGGGCCAUGGACCUCUGUGCCCGGCGGCUCCUGGACCCCUGUGAACAUCAAUGUGACCCCGAAACUGGCGAGUGCCUCUGCUACGAAGGGUACAUGAAGGAUCCAGUCCAUAAGCACCUUUGCAUUCGGAAUGAAUGGGGGACAAACCAGGGGCCUUGGCCUUACACAAUAUUUCAGCGAGGCUUUGACCUGGUUUUGGGAGAGCAGCCCUCUGAUAAAAUAUUCAGAUUCACCUACACCCUGGGCGAGGGCAUGUGGCUGCCCCUGAGCAAGAGCUUUGUGAUCCCGCCAGCAGAACUGGCCAUCAAUCCCUCCGCCAAGUGUAAGACCGACAUGACCGUGAUGGAGGAUGCGGUCGAGGUCAGAGAGGAGCUGAUGACCUCAUCCUCCUUUGACAGCCUGGAAGUUCUCUUAGACUCCUUUGGGCCAGUGCGAGACUGCAGCAAAGAUAACGGGGGCUGCARUAAGAACUUCCGCUGCAUUUCCGAUCGCAAGUUGGACUCCACUGGUUGCGUGUGCCCAGCCGGACUCAGCCCCAUGAAGGACAGCUCRGGCUGCUAUGACCGCCACAUCGGGGUGGACUGCUCAGAUGGCUUCAAUGGCGGCUGUGAGCAGCUGUGUCUCCAGCAGAUGGCGCCCUUCCCGGACGACCCCACCCUGUACAACAUCCUCAUGUUCUGCGGGUGCAUCGAGGAUUACAAGCUUGGUGUGGAUGGACGCUCUUGCCAGCUCAUCACGGAGACCUGCCCAGAGGGAGGCGACUGUGGAGAGAGCAGGGAGCUUCCCAUGAACCAGACUCUCUUUGGGGAGAUGUUCUUUGGUUACAAUAACCAUUCCAAGGAAGUGGCCACUGGACAGGUGCUGAAAGGAACAUUCAGGCAAAACAACUUCGCUCGUGGUAUAGACCAGCAACUGCCAGAUGGGCUUGUGGUGGCCACUGUCCCCUUGGAGAAUCAGUGCUUAGAGGAGAUCUCCGAGCCCACCCCGGACCCCGACUUCCUGACUGGGAUGGUGAACUUCAGUGAAGUGUCUGGGUACCCCGUGCUGCAGCACUGGAAGGUCCGGUCGGUGAUGUACCACAUCAAACUCAACCAAGCGGCCGUCUCUCAGGCCUUCAACAAUGCCCUUCAUUCCCUGGAUGGGGCCACGUCUCGUGCGGACUUUGUGGCCUUGUUGGGCCAGUUUGGCAACCAUUACAUCCAGGAAGCUAUCUAUGGCUUUGAGGAGUCCUGUUCCAUCUGGUACCCAAAUAAGCAAGUCCAGCGGCGACUCUGGCUGGAGUACGAAGACAUCAGUAAAGGCAACUCCCCAUCCGAUGAGUCGGAGGAGCGGGAAAGAGACCCCAAGGUGCUGACGUUCCCAGAAUACAUCGCCAGCCUGUCUGACUCUGGCACCAAGCGAAUGGCAGCCGGAGUCCGCAUGGAGUGUCAGAGCAAAGGGCGAUGUCCCUCAUCUUGCCCCUUGUGUCAUGUGACAUCCAGCCCUGACACGCCUGUUGAACCUGUCCUGCUGGAGGUGACCAGAGCAGCCCCCAUCUAUGAACUGGUGACCAACAACCAGACCCAAAGGCUCUUACAGGAGGCCACCAUGAGCUCCCUCUGGUGCUCGGGCACUGGAGACGUCAUCGAGGACUGGUGUCGCUGCGACUCCACCGCUUUCGGAGCUGACGGACUCCCCACCUGCGCGCCGCUCCCACAGCCUGUGCUGAGACUCUCCACGGUUCAUGAGCCCAGCAGCACCCUCGUGGUCCUGGAGUGGGAACACUCAGAGCCACCAAUCGGGGUGCAGAUUGUGGACUACCUCCUCCGUCAAGAGAAGGUCACCGACAGGAUGGACCACUCCAAAGUGGAGACAGAAACAGUGUUGAGUUUCGUGGACGACAUCAUCUCUGGAGCAAAGUCCCCAUGUGCCAUGCCAUCUCAAGUGCCAGACAAGCAGCUCACCACCAUCUCGCUCAUCAUUCGAUGCCUGGAACCCGACACCAUUUACAUGUUUACCCUGUGGGGCGUGGACAACACGGGCCGGCGCUCCAGGCCCAGCGACGUGAUCGUGAAGACCCCGUGUCCCGUGGUGGACGAUGUCAAAGCCCAAGAAAUAGCAGAUAAGAUCUACAAUCUCUUCAAUGGCUAUACCAGCGGGAAAGAGCAACAGACUGCCUACAACACCCUCCUGGAUCUGGGUUCCCCCACUUUACAUCGAGUUCUCUACCACUAUAACCAGCACUAUGAGAGUUUUGGAGAAUUCACCUGGCGGUGUGAGGAUGAGUUAGGCCCCAGGAAAGCUGGCCUCAUCCUCUCCCARCUUGGAGACCUCAGCAGCUGGUGCGACGGACUCCUUCAGGAGCCCAAGAUAGGCUUGCGCCGCCGCGCGCUCCAGUACCUGGGCUGCCGCUACAGCGAGAUCAGGCCCUACGGGCUCGACUGGUCCGAGCUCAGCCGCGACCUCCGGAAGACCUGCGAGGAGCAGACCCUGAGCAUCCCCUACAACGACUACGGGGACAGCAAAGACAUCUGACAGCACGGGGCCAGCGAGUGGCUGCCAAACCGGGGCAGGAGAGCGGAG